GCAAUGAUGAAAAAGUGGAUGACAAUAAAAGUGUGAAUGAUGAAAGAGUUGACAAUGAAAGAGUAGAUGACAAUGAAGGUGUGGAUAUUGAAAGAGUAAAUUAUAGAAGGGUGGAUAAUGAAGGUGUGGAUGAUGAAAGAGUUAACAAUAAAAAGGCGAACAGUGAAAAGGUAGAUAACAAAAGGGUGGAUGAUAAUGAUAAUAAGAGGAUGAAUGGUAAAAGGAUAGAUGCGGAUAAAGAUGAUAAUAAAAUAUCUUCUUUAGAUAAACAUCCAGAAUCUACUCUUCAAGACAAGACCAAUGUUCAACAAACAUCAGCACAUCAACUUUAUCGAAGUAUAGCUACAAAGUCACUUGAACAAUAUCAUGAUG